AUGGAAAACCCAAGAAUUUUUUCACAAAACAUUCCAAAAGACAUCGUGCAUGACGUACUAAAAAGACUCCCCGUCAAAUCUCUACAGCGAUUUAAGUCCGUAUGCGAAACAUGGUGUUCUUUGAUUUCAAGUUCUGAGUUUGCCAAAGCACGCUAUGACAGAGCCAACGAGCCUAACAACAACAUGACCCUUUGGAGAUGCGGCUGCAUUGAGCAACGCGAAGAUAUAAAUUCUGGUGUCUUCUCCGCCUGGCUUAAUAUCAUAGAUUACAAUGGCUUCAUGCUUGAGGCGAAAUCUCUCGACUCGUUUAUUGUUGGAAGAGAAACCCCAGAGAUCUUGGGCUCUUGCAACAAUUUGUUACUUGUUUAUUGUUGUUUUUAUCUUUAUCUGUGGAACCCAUCUUCUGGUACACAUGAUAUGUUUGAAUUAGACUAUGAUAGUACGGAUUAUUCUUGUGGUGUACUCAUGUGUGGACUUGGUUAUGAUUCUUCCUCUGAUGAUUACAAGGCUGUGUUGGUAUCUCAUACAGAAAGUCCACCAGGCUCACCCAACAAUGAUUAUUAUACUUUAGAAUCUUUUUCCAUCUCCACCUACUCUUUCAGGACCAAUACUUUGAAAGAAAUUGAUGACAAUGAAUUUCCUUACAAUUUUGAUUCUGACACACAAGGGGUUACUUUGAAUGGAGCUCCCCAUUGGGUUCUUCGCCGUGAAGAAUAUAAUACGGAAGUCAAUUAUAACUCUAUAGCAAUGGUACUGGUUUAUUUUGAUCCGGCUAAAGAACACUUUUAUGAGUUGCCAUUACCAUGCAUGUUAGAUAAGCAUUAUGAGUUUGAGCUGGGGGUUUUAGGUGGAUGCCUUUCUCUAACAUGCGAUGAUUACGACCCCAGUGGAAGCCACUUUGAGACUUGGGUAAUGAAGAAAUAUGGGGUGGAAGAAUCUUGGGAAAAAUUGUUUGUUAUUCCCUAUUUUGAGGAGCAUUUGAGGCCAUUGUGUUUCACCAAAAACGGUGAUGUUUUAAUGGAGGCGAACAGAAAGAAAAUAGUCAUCUACAAUCUUCUAAACAAUUCUAAAAGAACUGUGAUCCCUAAUAUAGAGUCAAAUUAUUGUGGGUUUGGACGGUGUGUAUAUAAUGUGGAUAGUAUGGUUCUUCCAUAUGAUGAGCAAAGGUUAAACCUCUCUCCCCACAAUGAUGAAUUAGCAAUGAACACAGAGUCAGAAGAAUUUGAUGGGUCCCUUAUGAGCACAAGAUCACAACAAAGUGAUGGGAAAAGGCAGAAAAGAGAGAAUAAGUGCAAAAACAAGAUGAGAUCAUUGUCAACGUUCGCAAGGUUUAAUAUAUUUAGAAGAGGGCUACUCCAAUUUUCAACUUCAUUUUGGAAGUCCAACAAAAGAAGGAAAAAUAAUGGCAGGAUUUAG